CCCCACCCCUUGUGCUUUUUAAACCAAGGCGGGACUCCACUUCAUUCACUUCUGUCAGUGUAUUUGGUGCUGAAACAUCACUUACCAGUUACAGCUUGUUGCCAAAAUGGUGAGGACUAAAGCCGACAGUGUUCCCGCAUCAUACCGAAAAGCUGUUGCAGCUUCUGCUCCCAGGAAGUCUCUGGGCUCCAGUUCAGCGAACUCCUCCUCCUGCAGUAGCCAGUCCUCGACACCUGCCAAGAACAAAUAUGCUGGUGGUAACCCAGUGUGUCCACGUCCCACCCCGACCUGGCAGAAGGGCAUCGGGGACUUCUUCGGUGGUCCCCCCAGGAAGCCAGAGAAGGAGAACCAGAGACCCCAGGAGGUUGAGGAUGACGAGGAGGCCGGAGGCAGUGGGAUGUCAAAGGCCAGCAGGAAGUCCAGACCGCUGCCUGCUGAGGAGGAGGAGGAGGAGGAGGAGGAUUGAAGAUGAUGAAUGGCUCUGUUUGCUGCCUCCACUCAUGCUCAGGGGCAUUUAAAUGUACAUCUGUAUAUAAUUUCUGCAGGAUUCACUUUGUAUAGCUCAUUAAACUUGUUUUUUUUAAUGUUUUUAACCUGCAGAGUUGUGUCUGUUGUUUGGCUUUAAAAGCUGUUUGAGGUUCUAAUCACACCUAAGAAAAGAGCCAUAGAAAAACUAAUAUUCAGAUAUACAAUAUGUUGUGAAGUAUUUUGAAAUUCUGUUUCUGGAACGUUAGAAAUGUUUAAAAUAUUGUUCGUAUUGAAUGUGAAACAAUUUUUCCCGCUACUUCUAUUGAUGUCAUGAUUCAUGUCUCAGUUGGAAUAAAGUUUCUUCCUGAGUUAAAUUUAAGA